CCUUUGCUAUUGUUUCUUCUUCAUUUUCGGGCCUUCUGAUUCACUGCGAGCACUUUCCACUUCUGAAAACGCUCGACUUCCAAGCACACUCCCGCAAAGAUGUCGCUCCACGCUAUGACCGUCACUGAUGCCAACGGCACGACGGCGAAUGGGCAAGCCAAAACAAAUGGCACCACAAAUGGCACCACUCACAAUGAUUUCAAAUAUGACCCCCACUUCACGGACAGUGUGAUUGAGAGCAUGGGUCCAGCGACCCCAGACCGGGCCAGAUUUUUGUUAGGCAAACUGAUCAGACAUGUUCACGACUUCAUUCGUGAAACCGAGCUCACGCCAGAAGAAUGGAUGAAGGGUGUGCAGUUCACCAACGCCAUCGGCCAGAUCAGCGAUUCCAAGAGGAACGAGGGUCAACGAAUCUGCGACGUCUUGGGCAUUGAGUCGCUUGUCGACGAAGUUGCCAACAAGAUCAUGCUCGACAGCGAUGAUACACCAACAUCGUCCACCAUCCUCGGCCCUUUCUGGAGCCCACACGCUCCCUUCCGUGAGCUUGGAGAAAGCAUUGUCCAAGACCCUUUCCCCGGCGGCAAAGUCACCCUGAUGCACGGCACAGUGAAAGACAGCAAGUCUGGCCAACCUAUCCCCAACGCCGUGGUGGACAUCUGGCAAGCUUCUGCCAAUGGUAAGUACGAUUUCCAGGACGAUGAUCAAUCAGUCAACAACCUGCGCGGCAAGUUCAGAACCACCGACAAGGGAGAAUACUAUUACUAUUGCUACCACCCCACAGCAUACUCGCUGCCCACUGAUGGACCUGCUGGCGUCCUACUGAGACUGAUGGACCGCCACCCAAUGCGACCGGCUCACAUCCAUCUGAUGGUCAGCGCCGACGGGUACAAGUCCGUAACCACACAACUCUACCCUCGUGACGACCCUUACGUGACUAGCGACUCUGUCUGUGCUGUCAAGGACGACCUGUUGCUCGACUUCAAGCCGUCAAAGGAUUCCAAGGCCGAGUUGGAUCUUGAAUAUAAUGUUACCUUGUCGAAACUGAAACCUGGCCAAAAGGCCGGUUGGGUGCACUCAGUUUUCUGAUUUUUGCUGUAUGUAUCUGAAGCGGAUUUUUGUUAUGGAUGUAUGCUGUUCCGGUGAUCCUGUUAAGGAGUGUUGUGGUUAGGAAGCAACAGGCUGAAUUAUGUUGUAAGAUAUUUGCCCAAUGACAUAUCCACGAACAUCUUAGCUUUCACAUUUUAAGGACUCAACUAG